AUGUUGAGGAAAUUCGAUCGACCUCCAACUUUCUUAUUGAGGACAUGCAGAAGGUUUGCAUCGGGUCAUGGUCACGACGACCAUCACCAUCAUGGUGAUCCAAUUAACGACAAGCUUGAGAAACAAAGCCCAGAGUACAGGUAAAUUAUCUGUUUUAUAGUCUUUCUCUUUCUAUAAGAACGAUACUUGCUUUACUAUGAGGUCCAAUGUGAUGGAAGCUAGUUUUUCCGGAUUUUACAGCUGUUUAUAAUUGUAUGAAAACUGAUAGUGUGAUUCCAUUGCUUUCGUAUUUGAAGUUCUCGUUUAAUCUUAUAGUAAUUGUUUUCAGGCCUGGUUCUGACACUUAUGCUUAUGAAAACCCUUGGCCCAAGUUGAACAAGGGCCGUUUGGACUGGAUGUUCAACGAUGGUUGGCGUCGACCUUUGGCUCCGGAUCAAGGAGGUAGACUGGUAAGUCGUUGUUAAAAUUGUCUGUUUGUUUAAAGAGAUCAUUAAGGGAGUUUCAAGUAAUUAUAUCCUACUUUGUAGAUAAUUGGUACAGUUUAUUACAAGUAUAGUAAGGUUUAGGAGUAAUAUUGUUUAUAAUUUAUAGAGAAAAGAAUGGCUGUGGUUUGGAGUUGUGGGCCACAACGAACAUGCCGAUUGGAAGAACUUUCACACACUGAUGUUUGGUGCGGCCACAGUCCUGUCCGUUUAUGUUUUCUUCGUUUUAAUCUUCCUGCGCUCUGACUGGUAAGUUGAAGGUUUUCGGCUCUUGAUAAUAAGAAUUUAUUAUACUUAAUCAUCAGUAUUUUUAAUGUUUUAUUUUUCCAAUUAUGGAAAAGCUAUGACCAAGCCAUGUUAAUAUGUGAGUUUUCAGGCCUUCCGGAAAAGAAUGGGCUUUACGAGAGGCCUACUUCGAAUUGGAACGUCGCCAAAAGGCUGGACUGCCUCUCAUCAGCAAAGACUUCAUCGACCCAGAGCGAGUGAAGAAGAACCUGCCUUCGGACGAGGAGCUUCGCGACUUCGCCAUCAUUAUUUAG